CUCUCAUUUCUUUUUAUUCUAAAACUAGCACAGAAGUAUGAUAUAAUCGUAUUUAUUACCCUUAACCAAAUGACACAUCUAUUUCAUCGAACAAGUUUCUCUUCGCCUACAUACUGCGAUCAUUGCGAUGGGUUUUUAUGGGGUAUAUCGAAGCAAGGGUUCAAAUGCUCAGACUGCGAUAUGGUCGUGCAUUCUAAAUGCAGAUUGGCAGCAUCAAAAUGUUCCAAACCAUCUUCUAUUUCUGCCGCUCAAUAUUUGAAUAACACCAUACAGCAGCAGCACGAACAACAAUCUCGGUACCAAUCAACUGUUGACAACAGUCAUUUUAAAGAAGAUACUGAUAAAGUAUCUUUAUGGCAAAGCAUCCAGCAAUUUACAACUUCGCAAGAAAUAAAGGAUAUUGUCAUCUCUGCUGCCAUAUACUCAAGCGACGUUAGCCAACCCGUUAGUGAUUAUCUUGCUCAUUUACCGCCAUUAAGCGCACAGAAUACCACAAAAAACUUCUCUCGUUUUGUGUCAAGAUGUGGGCCUAUGUUUAGCUUUAGAGACAAAGUCAUCUUGUUGUUGAAUUGGCACAAACCAGUCGAUACAAUGAUAGCUAUGUUGAUAUAUUGCUUGAUUUGCCUGUAUCCCAAACUUGUAUUAAUUGUACCACAUGUGAUUCUACUUCAAAUCAUAAUCAGUGAAUUCAGUAAAAAGUACACUCUCGAAAGGAAAGAGAAUAGCCGAGAAAAGAACAGCACUGAGGUGAAUUCGUCAUAUUCAACUGUAACUUCGGCCCAACAACUCUCUCAACAGUCCGAUAAAAUAGCAACGAAACAACACAAAGAUACUACAAAAGGAAGUCGCUCAACAGGAUUUGCUUCUAUAUUCCCUGCAACAAUACCAAAUAAUGAGAAUUCACCUGAAUAUCUCAGAAACCUGCAAAAUUUACAGAAUAUGAUGGGUGAAAUGAGUGAUCUCCACGACUUUAUUGUAUCAAAAUGUCAUUAUAUCGACUGGUCGAACGAGUCCGAAACUGUCUUCAUUUUUCAAUUAGCAUUGCUUACACUAUUGGCAUUUUCUUUAAUCAUCUCGUUUGUUUCUCUUCAAUCAAUAUUUUUGGUGGGUGGCAUUACCGUGUUUCUUAUAAACACACGUUUUGCCAAGUAUAUUUUAAAGCAUUUGACAACUGCAGUAACCGAGAAGAGAAAAAGUGAUUUACUUAAACCUGCUACUGCCAUUCUUCGUGGCUUUCAAAAAUCAUAUGUAAUCCAACAGUUAAAUCAGCAAGAAAACGAAGUAUUAGAAAUAUCAUUAUUUGAAAACCAACGUUGGUGGCCCGACAUCGAAGCUUUUGCUUCCCAGAUGCUGCCUGGUGAACGAGGUUUGUGGACAGACUAUUCAGGUAUGAUCCUAAAAGAUGAGAGAGUAGUGGAAACAAUAGCACCAGAAGGAUAUCACUGGAUCGAUAGAGAAUGGUUCUUGGAUAAGAAGGGCCCUUGGGUUGACGAUCAGUUUAAUAGAGAAGUCGUGAUCUUUCCUGAUGAUUGCGGUUGGGUUUAUACGGAUUUCAACUGGAAAAAUGAAGCAAGAUACUACAACAGAACUGAUGAUGCUUUUACAAAAGAUGGGCAGAUAGGGAUAUAUUAUGUUACGAGACGGAGAAGAUGGGUACGGAAAUGUAAAAGAAAUUCUUGCGUAUAAAUUGAAUGCAAACAUUCUACAAUUGUGCACGCAUUGACACCGACAGCAGAUCUUUUCAUAACAUUUACAACAGACAUUAUUGUGCAACAAGCAUUGCUAAUUAUAAUA